GAGACCCACACUAGGCUGUCGCACCGAGAGAGAGAGAGAGAGAGGGGGAUGGGGGUUUUAAUUUGAAGGGCGAAGCCUGGUCACUCGUGUGUGUGUGUGUUCCCACCUCGUCAUCCGUCACCACUCUCCCUCUUUCCCCUCUCUCCCUCGAGAGAGGAGAGGAGAGGGGGGCCAGCAAGAACAGCGCUCCGCAAGCCCACCUCCACGACCACCAUCGCCAGCGCGCCACGAGCUAGCCAGCCAGGACAGACAGGCGACAGGCGCCGCAAUGGAGAUUGGCAGCGGUGGCUGCGGCGGCGGGAGCGGCGGCGGAGGGGCCGGGGACGACCCGCAGCGCCACGGGCUCAAGUUCGGCAAGAAGAUCUACUUCGAGGACGCCACGGGCGGCGGCGGCGGCGGCGGCGGCGGCGGCAAUGCGUCGUCGUCCAAGCCGCCCGCGGGCGGCGGGAGGAAGGGGAAGGCCGCGGCCGCCGGGGGGACGUCCGGCUCCGCGCCGCCGCGGUGCCAGGUGGAGGGGUGCGACGUGGAUCUGAGCGGCGUCAAGCAAUACUACAGCCGCCACAAGGUGUGCUGCAUGCACUCCAAGGCGCCCCACGUCGUCGUCGCCGGCCUCGAGCAGCGAUUCUGCCAGCAGUGCAGCAGGUUCCACCAGCUGCCUGAAUUCGAUCAAGGAAAACGCAGCUGCCGCAGGCGUCUGGCGGGCCACAACGAGCGCCGGAGGAAGCCGCCUCCCGGCCCUCUGGCAUCACGCUACGGGCGACUCGCCGCAUCGUUUGAAGAACCCGGCAGGUUCAGAAGCUACCUGCUGGAUUUCUCCUACCCAAGGGUUCCAAGCAGCGUGCGGGAUGCAUGGCCGGGGGCUCGGCCAGGCUACCGGAUGCCCGGUGAAAUCCAGUGGCAAGGGAACCUAGACCUGCGUCCUCACACGGGUGCAGCCACGGGAUACCACGGCCCCCAGCCCCACCAUGCAUACAGCGGCCACGGCGGCGGCUUCCCCGGCCCAGAGAUCCCUCCAGGUGGGUGUCUCGCAGGGGUCGCCGCCGACUCCAGCUGUGCUCUCUCUCUUCUGUCAACUCAGCCAUGGGACAACACACCCCAUGGUGCCAGCCACCACCAUCAUCGGUCGGCGGCCAUGUCCGCCGCGGCGGGCUUCAAUGGCAACCCACCUGUGGGAGUGUCACCCUCCAUCAUGGCGAGUAACUACAUGCCGCCGCCGGGGAGCCCCUGGAGUGCCUCCAGGGGCCAUGAAGGUGGGCGGAACGCGCCACACCAGCAGCUGCCACAUGACGUCCCGCUCCACGAGGUGCACCACCCAGCAGGCUCUAGCCAGCAUGGUCACUUCUCAGGCGAACUCGAGCUCGCCCUGCAAGGGAACAGGCCGGCGCCUGGGCCGCGCGGCGAUCACGGCGGCGGCGCGUUCGACCACCCCGGCAGCUCGUCCAACUGGUCCCUGUAGGGGCCAAUUCCAACUACGUCACCCAAAGUCUGCGCAGAGAAGCAUGGACCUGCCUGCCGUUCAAUUUUACCUUCUGGUCACCAGUAUCAGUAUGGGAAGGAAGGGUUCCGAAGUGGCAGGCGACUGGUUUCUUCCUUAUGCAUAAUGUCCAUGAAAUCCAAACUAUUUGCGCCCAUGUGAUGUAAACCUAAAUGAAUUUCAAGUAUCGGUGUGCUUGCCGAGGACUCUUGGCUCGGCGUAUUUA